AAGAAUGAUCGUUCCCCUCCCGAAGCUUAAACAGGUCAAGCCCGUCUCGAACAGAAGACUUGGCGUGCCCCCUGCCACCUCCCCUCACCACGACACGGUGCCAGGCACUUUCAAAUUAUCGGAGACCGAAGUGAGUGUUGAGCUGAGGACGAAAGAGGACAUUCACUGGCUGAAGUCGCUCGACUCGAAUGGCCGUUCGCCAUUGCACAUCGCCUGCCUCGAGGUAAGUUAAAGGGGCUCGCAUGGCAUUGCAAGUAUGUCCUCUUUUUUGUGUCCUUUUCUGUUCCGCACACUGAAGGGGAAUCUGCCCGUGGUGCAGAAGAUCCUCUCCUCGAAGGAGGGCAGGGAUUCCGAACUGAUCCUGCAAAGGGACAACUACAACAAUCCUCCCAUUCUGAGUGCUUGUGUCCGUGGCAAUCCGCUGGGAGAUCAGACCAUAAGGCCGCCGCCGCCCUCUAAUGCCACACGCAUUGUUGGCCUGCUGCUGGACCCCACUGCCGGCGGCGCUGAUUUGGGGCUGCCUCUCACCGCCCUGCCGCCCCUCACGGAGAGCUCUUCGUCACGUUCUGUCACUGCUUCGCCGCAUGUGCUGAAUCGGACUACAUUGUGAGUUCUACAACACACGCCACUUGCCUGCACUUACGUGUGCUGUCAUUCCUGCAGCUGGUCGUGUCUGCACUGGUCCUGCUUUCAUGGUGAUGAGACGCUGACAAGUCUAUUGCUGGAGCAUGGAGUGCGUUACGACCUUAUGGAGGCGCAAAUGCUGCUGCCCAUUGACAUCGCCGGCAUGCGGAGACACAGAAGGGUUGUCGGAACUCUGCUGCACUUCAUGCGACAAACACCCCCGUCAGAGCUGAAAGCGACCGAGAGCGUCGAUAUACUCAGGUAGCAUUCCAGACAGGGGGGCAGGUGUGGGAGAGUGUCCUGCCAGUGAAGCGCAACCAUUGUACUUCUGUAGAAAGGCCAAAAGGAAAGAUUUGAUGGCGACACCCCGCAGAAUCAACCAAGCGGUCACAUAUUGGGCAUCGGCAUUCAAAUUCCAGAAGACUCUCCGGUCGGUGAAGUCUCCUCAGGACGGCCUUCAAGCUCAGCCAGCCUUGCUCAAGCAGACAGCUCUCCAUGCUGCAUCUCAGGCAGGUACACAUGAGACAAGUGAUUCUGAAGAGACGUUGGACUUCAUGAAUUCCCUCUCUCUCUUGACCAGGCCACGUGGAGCCGUUGAAGCUGUUGCUUGAGCGGGGGCUCACCAGCAUUCCAGCGUCGAAGGCACUGAGAAUCCUUCACCACCAAGACGUCAACGGCAACACAUGUCUCCACCUGGCAGCCCUUCAUGGGCACAGCAAGUGCGUGCGGCUUCUACUGGCCGCUGAUGAUCGAUUCCACGCCGAGGUUGCGAGACAGGACAAGGGUCGACCCAAGGUGACCCUGUCCAGGGCCAGAACGGGACGACUAGCAGCGGGACGUGUGCACACGGCUGAGGGAAGGGGCAGGAUGAGACUUUUCUGUAUUGCGAACAAGUAGGUACGUCUCCCAAGAGAGGUCUGCCAGGAUUGCUGAUCUUUUCUCCAUGCAUUGUCUCUGUACGCAGUGAUGGCGCGACCCCUGAUGCGCUGAUGGGCGACCGCAAUCUUCACACGGGCUUCCUGCACCAGCUGAAGGCAGCGGUCGAUCAGAGGUCAAAGACUGACUUCGUCCUCGUCAUCGAUGGCAACAAGGUGGGUCAGCUUCUUCAAACGUGCGCCAAGAUAUUUGUCGCUCUGUGGUUGGUACAGGCAUCUUCCCUGCAUCUCGUGCGGUCAGCUUUGUCUGCCUGUCCUUUCUUCCAGGUGGCAUACAUUCGGUCCAAAUCAGGUGAUAACAAGUCAGGCUGAAAUACACUUUUAGUACCUUAUAUCUGUGUCUCAUCGUAGGUCCGUACGAGUUCAUUCUCAUCCAUCUCCCUGACAGUCACCUCCACGCCGCUGCUGAGGCAACGAAUCUCCGCCUGCUCAAGAAGGACACAGACGCUCUUCGCGACGAGCCCUUCACGGCCAGAGACGCACACGAAUUCCUGCCGUUUCGCUCUCGUGACCGCAUUGAGGUUGUCCACAAGUGCCUGAGCGCCUUUGCACUGCCUCUGCACAAACUUCUGGAGAGGAAAGACGUCUUGAAGGCGUUUCCUGUGCAUGAUCGAUUCGAUAUUGACACCAUUCGACGGCUGUGGCGAUACAAACCUUUUCGCCCUCCUUAUCCGCUAAGCCACCUCAGACCUUUCCUCAUGGUGAGGAGGAGACAGAGACAGGCUUAUUCAAUCUUAUUUCUCGUGGAUCGCGUUAUGUGUCAGGAGGGCCCACAUCUCGACUACCUGCACCUGCACGCCAUCCGCAACUACUUCGGCGAGCGCGUGGCCUUCUCUUGCGCGUGGCUGGCCUUCAACUGUGUGUGGCUGCUUCCCCUCAUCCCGUUUGGCUUGGCCCUCACAGCGUGGCAGAUCGCGAUCGGACAGCUCGCCCUGCCCCACUACCUGCUACCGGCGUGGGGCGUGUGUGUAUCCGUCUGGGCCACUGUUGUCGUCGAGCGGUGGAAACGAAAACGAGCUGAGCUGUGUCUGGCGUGGCGUGUCGGGGAGAGUGAGAUAUCACCGCUCCGGCGUCAGUAUAAGGGAAACGAGACAGUGAAUUGGCUCACGGAGGAGGUCGAGCCUAGAGCACACCGGUCGCGGCGAUAUGUCAUUGCGUUCCUGACUCUUCCCGUGUUCUUCGGCCUCAUGGCGGCCCUGUUGAUCGCGUAAGGAGACUGGCUGGGGAUGAGACAGUGCGUGAUCCGUAAUGGUGUCCUUUCUGUGUCUGAUUUCCGCAGCUAUGUCAUGUCCAAGAUCUAUCAGCGAGUAAUUCAGGUAUAGGCCACAAACAGACAAAUCAAUGCCUUCAUGUAGCCUACUCGAACCGCCUCCAUGCUCACGUGUCUUUGUUAGGCCGAGAUGGACUCCGGGUUUGGCGCGGAGUUCCUCUACUAUGGCCCGACAGGUGUGUGCAGCAGAAUGGCUCCGACUCCGUCAUGUGUCCAUGUGUGUGUCUCUGCAGGUGUGUACAGUAUUGUGGUUGUGGUCAUCAACCUGCAGUAUCGGAGGCUGGCGUUUCGCUGUGCCGACAUGGAGAAUCAGCGCACGCAAGUAGGCUACAAGACAUAACUGUGGCUGCCCAGUGAAAUGGGUGUGUGUUUCAGGAAGAGUAUGACCAGUCCGUCGUCUCCAAGACUUUCCUGUUUGUCUUUCUCAACAGCUACCUCACUCUCUUCUACUCUCUGUUCAGAGGUCAGAGAAGAUGGUCGGUGCGUAUCCACCUAUUUGUCAAAUGCUGGUUCGGUCACAGACAGGCGGAAGGAGCCGCUGCUCUUCCUUGUCAUCUGUCUCAUGAUAUGCACACAGGCCGCAUCGUUCUUCACGGUCAGUGAGGAAAUAUGCAUGCAUCAUCCACACAGCUGAGAUUUGUUCUCUUCAGCUCCACAUACUUCCAAAAGCCCUGAUAUGGCGAAAACGACAUCGCACGGAACACAAGAUGGACAGCAGCAGCAAUGACAAGAAGCAGCCCUCAGGGCACAAGAUCGGCUUUACGAGGCCGCACAACCAGCGCCAUGGACCAAAGCGAGUCGCACCCGUCCUUUGUCUAGAGGAGAGCGGGAGUCCUGUGUUGCGAGAUUCGACGACGGAUGAGCCGAUAGAAGACUCCAGGCCCUGGGGCAUCGACCAAGUGGAACAUAACUUCACUCUGCUGGAGUGGCUGCGGCCGACAGACGAUUUCGAGUCUAUGAUCGUGCAGUUUGGCUACGUGGUGAUGUUCUCGGCCAUCUUCCCUCUGGCACCGUUGCUCGCACUUAUUGGUGAGGCGAUGUUCAUUCGUGUCUCCCUCUGCCAUUCAUACGUGUCCCUAUCGACAGGCAAUUUGUUGGAGCUGCGCACGUUCGUCAUAGGCCGCAUAACCCAUGAACGCCGCCCCCUGCCCGAGCGAGCCACCGGCAUCGGCCCAUGGCAACCCAUCUACGAGUUCUUCUCCAUCUUUUCGGUCGUCGCCAAUCUGAUUGUGCUGUGGUUCACCGAGAAUCCCACGCCCGAGGAAUGCGACAGCAAGGCUGGAGGAAUGGGACUCACGCAUUGGGUGAUCGUCGAGCACCUGCUUAUCCUGGUCAAGCUAAUUGUGGCUGUCUGUGUGCCCAAUGCGCCGCUGUGGGUGACGGUGAAGAUCGACAAACUGAGAAGAAGGCGAAUGAAGAAAAGCCACGAGCGUAGCGCCAUUGAGUCGCAGCACGGCGCAUCGAUCAUGACGAAGAAGGCGGCAUUCUCUGAACACCAGAAGGACGAGACAGCGGCAGUGCCAGAGCAACACGCGGAAGUCAAAAAGUCAUUCGGCAGUGCCAGCGAUUCGGCACGGGUAAGAGCCAGUGCCGAAUCGCUGGCCCUCACAGGCUAUGAGACAGAUGUGUCGGCCGAUGGUGAUGACGCUGUCUCGUGGUUUCCCAAUCCGUCGCCCGUGGCGGCAAGUAUGGCAGACCUCUUUGCGUCCCUCGCUUUGCCGGCAGAGCCUCCUGCAAUGCCAGCCGAGGAAAGAGAGACAUUGCAGAUGAGAAAUGAGGAGCUGAUGCAGAGAUGUGUUGAGAUGCGGAUGCUUCUUCCGAGGCGGUAGCUACUAGUACUAACUGACUGACUGGGUGACGGACGUUGGCUGUGGAGAGUGCAUGUUUCGAUAACUGGAUCAAUGUGACGAUAGGCCGAUGUGACACCUUAUGCGUGUGUAACAUGCUCACGGAUGGCGUCCUCAGAGCGUUUGUUGUAGACAGCCGUACUCGCGUGUUGAAUGCCCGCGUAUGCCCCCCAUCUAUAG